AUGGGUCUUUAUACAGGAGACAUGGAGUUAUCUAGCUCUAUCGCGGGAAAGGGUAAUGAAAAUGUCCAGAGGCUUAUUAUUGGUCUUCCAAACCGGGGCAACUCUUGGUCAUCUGAGCAUCAUGAUGGACCCCACCUAAUCCCUGCCUUUGACUUAUUAGCAGAACAGUUGAAACCUGAGUAUAUCAUACUACUGCAUACCCGAUAA